AUGCUUGGUGAAGAUACAAUCAGGUCGCUCAAGCGCUCCAAGAGCGAUGUCGAGGAUCUUGUCCCUAUGGGCGAGAGAACUCCGCCGCGUGACAGCGCUUCGAGCACCCCGCGGAACAGAAGCUCUCGUGCUUUCUCAAUAACUCGACUAACUGAGGGAUUCAGGAGAAAGGGAAGAUCAAGCUUCAGUCGCUCCAAUUCGUCCAUCGACAAGGAGACUAUUUCGAGCCCUAUUGCAGACUCGAGAAGCCCCUUGUGCCCGCCCACCUCCACCGAUUCUCUCGCCGCAUCCCCGUCGCCCUUGGUCUCAGCCAGAUCCAGCCCAAGCCCUCGCAAGCUCCUCGUAGCUACACGCCCAGCUGCUAAGCACACCUACUCUGUCUCUGACCCCACGAAUAACCACUCGCCGCCGACUCGACCACGCCUUGCCACCCACGUGCCACCGCCCUUGCUACCAACAGCGUCGAGCUUCGGCAGCGCAGACACGGUGGUAGGGAGUCCACUCGAGCGCAUUGCAGAGACUCCCUUCGACUGCGACCACGAUAGUGAGCACCUAGAUCUCGACCGAUUAGGCAGACAAUUGGCAAAAAUGGAGACAAUACGAGCUUCGCUGCUGCCGCCGGCCAUGACGACGGGCACCAAGGCUCGCGCCAUCCAGCAGGCGAAAGAGAUGGAAGCGCUGGUUGCAGAAAGAGCGAAGCGCAGUGGAGACGAGCCGCCGCAAUAUGACUUCUAUGAGCUCAUCGGCAAGGGUGCUUAUGGACGUGUGUUCAAAGGCAAGAGUCGCAAUACCGGAGGGCUUGUCGCGAUCAAGAUCAUCGACAUCGAUACCGUUGACUACCAGGAGAUGACCACAAAGAACCUGUCCGAGACACUUAAAGAGAUCGACAUCCUGCAGCAACUCAGGGACAGCAAAGCACGACCAUACGUGAACAUUAUCGAGGAAGCAAAGGCAGUUCACAACGAGCUAUGGAUCAUCAGCGAGUAUGCCAGCGGUGGUAGUGUGGCUACGCUAAUGAAGCCAAUGGCCAUGCUCAAGAACCCUGGACCCGGACUACCAGAGAAAUUCAUCAUUCCAAUUGCCCGUGAGCUAGCGCUUGGUCUGAAAUACAUCCACGAAGCCGGCGUCUUGCAUCGAGACAUGAAGGCCAAUAAUGUUCUUAUUCUGGAAGACGGUCGCGUACAGCUGUGCGAUUUUGGUGUGUCCGGUACUCUAGAGCCGCAGAAGUCGAAGCGUACCACCAUUGUAGGCACGCCCUUCUGGAUGGCUCCCGAACUUCAGCGAGAAUGGAUCAAGGAUGCAGACCCACACAGCUUAGCGAAGCCCAGAGAGAUCUUGUAUGGCUCUGAAGUCGACAUCUGGGCAUACGGGUGCACAGUGUACGAGAUGGCCUGUGGAUUUCCACCGCAUCAUCGGAGCGCACCAUUCGAUCUGCCAAACGCUGGAGUACCUCUUCUCGAGGGCGAGCGGUAUUCAGACGAGCUGAAGGACUUUUUGUCUUUUGUGCUUCAGCCUGAUCCUCAAGACCGCCCAACACCAGAUGAAAUUCUUGAGCAUGUUUAUCUCAAAGACACCACCAAGAUGUAUCCGACCGUGAUCCUGGUAAAGCUAGUGGAAGACUACUACCUCUGGGAGCAGCAAGGUGGUGCUCGUCAGUCACUUUUCAACGUCUUUGGUGCACAGGCUCCCGAUCCGCUCGCGCCAGAGAAUGAAGAUGAGGAUGAUGACGAUUGGACGUUCAGUACUUCAGAUGAGUUUGAGCAAGAGCAUUUACCGCAGUUCUCCGACCCGUUCGUAGGCGGUGAUGCGAGGCAGUCAUAUACUGGUAUGGGUCUACCUCCGGUGGCAGACAUGGGUCGCUUCGAACAGUUGCAAGCCCGUUUCAAGGAAGAGUCGAUCACAAGAGGACAGAGGCGUCUGAACAAGCUGUUCGACACAGAGACAACACCCUACAGAUACAGUAUGAUCGACGAGGAUGAUGAUGGUGGCAAAGGGCGUCCACCUUCAGACCUGGUCCUGCGCGAUUUCAAUCCCGGCGCACCGAACAGAGAGACAGUCAUCGACUUGGACUUCUCCCUCCCAUCAACCGAUGACAUGCCCAGCAUUGAUCUUGGUGAGGUACCUACCAUCAAAGCAAACCGCAUGAAGAGCUUAUUGCGUGAGAUGGAAGAAGAAGAUGCCCGCGAGAUCGCUCGUGAGAAAGAGGAACGGGAACAACGAGAAUUCGAAGAAGAGAAUCAGCUCACGAAGCGUGCGACACGAGACUGGACAUUUCCGUCUGCACCCGACAAUCGCAAGACGCAAGAGUGGACAUUUCCAUCGAUGGAAGCUCCAGCAGAGGAGCCAGACAACCGAAAGACGCUGGAGUGGUCUUUCCCUGCAGCGGAGCCGCCAAAUCGCAAGACGAUGGAGUGGUCGUUUCCAGCUGCUGAGCCUCCAAAGCCAAAUCGAAAGACGGUUGAGUGGACAUUCGAUGCCGCUAUGGCAGAAGCCAAUUACGAUGCCCCAAGAAACCGCACGUCCCGUCGUCGUGAGACCAAGGAGUACAUAUUCCCCGCAGCGACCGCACCAAUCGACGAGAACAGAAGCACUAUGGACUUCUCGUUUCCCAUGCGCAGUCCAAGUCCCAAGAGAACACGGGAUGGUAGUGGGACAGUGCUAGACUACCCAUCCCAGCCUACACUGGGUCCUGGCUUCCGACCAAGUCUGCGACAUGCUGCGACAGAGCCACCAUCUGACGACUUUCCACGUGUGAGCUCAGACCCGAACUCACCAUUGCGUUCAUCGAUGAUAGAUCUUGAUAUGGCUUCGGUUGAAGACUACCGCCCGUCAACAUCUGGAUCAGAGUCAACCUACACUGGAUCCAUCUACACUGCGAGCGAUAACCCCUUCAACCUCGAAGACCAGGUCCAGCUGUCGCAGAACAACCACCGUGCCUCAUUCCAUAUGAAGUCACAGUCCGAGCCUAAUCACGCUGUCCAAGGCCUGCUCACGCCCCAGCAAUACGACGAGCAAGGUCUUCCCACAACCCAGGACCCUCACCACCCAAGCAUGCACGCUCGUGGCGUGUCCUCCGUAUCACAAAUGCAGGCUCACCCUAAACCGCCAGCAACCUCGAUCCCACCACUCGCCGCUCACCGCCCGAACCAACGCUCCCAGCAGACCUGGGAUGGCUGGUCCCAUACGCACGCCUACGGCCUCGGCAGCGACGACCAAUCCCCCGCUAUGAGCGUAACGACGGAUACUUCGCUCGAGGAAGAAGACGUCGAUGAACUCUGGGAUACGUUCGAACGCCUCACGCUCCAGGCGCAGCGCAAAUACCAGUCCUACGCCCCCUUGCGCUCGAGCAGACGAACGGAGAGCAGAGACGACAUGUUGGACCCCCGCGCCGCCGGCCUGGGCCUAGGCGUAGGCAGCGACACAGACGACAACUACCCUUACACCUCCGACUCGUCAUCACCGCCCUAUGCGUUCCACCGUCACAGCCGAGUCAGCGCGGGACCCAACGGGCGCCCACUCGUCGAGUUCCCGAUCCCCAGGGGCCCCGACGUCGAGGCGCUGCUGGGCGUCGAAAGCGACCCGCGCGUCAUGCAGGACGUGCUGCUGAAGAGCGCCAUGGAACUCCGCGACGGCACGCGAGCCAGUAGGGAUCUGCUGCGCGCGAUGCGGUUGAGCGAGGUGGAGGAGGCCGCGGCCGCGGCCGCGGACGACGUCGAUCACAGUACCGUGCGAUUGCCUAGUCGGGGGAGAGAAUGA